GUGGCCGUCCGGAAGGCGAAGGCAGCGAGCGUCGGGUUCCGUGGCGCGGGGAGAGCCAUGGUCUUCCGGCGGCUGCUGGCGGCCCUGCUGCACAACCCGCAGCUGGUGGAGCGGCUGUCCGAGUCGCGGCCCAUCCGGCGGGCGGCGCAGCUCACAGCCUUCGCGCUGCUACAGCUACAGCUGCGCGGCCACGAUGCAGCCCGCCGCCUGCGCGCCCUCGCGGAUCAGCCGCCCGGUGCCCUGCGUCGCCGCGUCGUGAGGUUCAAGGACACUUUCACCGAGGAACUCCGCCGUGGCGUCCGGGACCGUCCAGGGCAGCAGAAGGGUCCGGGCGCCAAAGCGUAAGCACGGACUGGACCCUCCCGGGCCGAGGUCACGUACCCGUCCCUUCAGUGAUCUACACCGACCUCAGCAGUCACGAGUCAUCUCCAGGACGCUACGCUGCUUCGAAUCCUAACUCGGAUUGUCCUACAGAUGCCUAAAGUCAAAUGGACAUGUGCCCGGUAGUCCUGCAGACGUAAAGACCUCGAGGCCCACCAGUGAUAGAGAAUCUAGACCAUAACAGCACGACUGAGAGUCAUGGACAAUCAGAAAGCAAGCCUGCCGUCUGCAAGCAGGACUGAAGCUGAAUUCCUGCUGCUGCAUCUGCACUGGUGCAGGAGAAUACCAGGGGAGCUUGUAAAUGGAACGACAACCCCGAGGUUGCCAAAAUCCUUCAUUAAAUGUGUAAGCUGAUUAAUAGUCUGAAUGUGGUAUUUCUCAGACAAGGAGGAAUGCGGGGGACUCUAAGAUCUUGUUAAUGAUAGUUAACGCGUUAAGCGUCUGUGUUGGUAUUUGCUUUCGAGAUCUGUGUGGCUUGUGACUUAAAAUCCCAUUCUGUGAAGAAAUGGAGGCCACUUUCCAAGUAGCCCAAAGCCUUGCAGAGUGUAGAGAGCCCAGGGACUAUUGGUCACUCCCUCCACUUUACAGCUCAGGAACUGCCCUAUCUCUCACCACUAAGCAUUAAGGCCGCUGAUCCCAUAGCACAUGACGUUUCUCUUCUUCCCCAUUUUGAAGUUCGGUUUGGGGUAUUCACUAUGGUCAGCUAACUGAACUGUGAUUAGUAAUUGUACUGGCUUGUUGUGUGUGUCAACUUGACACAGCUGGAGUUAUCACACAGAAAUGAGCCUCCCUUGAGGAAAUGCCUCCAUGAGAUCCAGCUGUAAGACAUUUUCUCAAUAGGUGGUGAUCAAAGGGGGAAGGGCCCAUUGUGGGUGGUGCCAUCCCGGGGCUCAUAGUCUUGAGUUCUAUAAGAAAGCAAGCUGAACAAGGCAGGGCAAGCAAGCCAGUAAGUAACACCCCUCCAUGGACUCUGCAUCAGCUCCUGCUUCCUGUCCUACUUGAGUCCCAGUCCUGACUUCCUUUGGUGAUGAACAGCAGUGUGGAAGUGUAAGCUGAAUAAACCCUUUCCUCUCCA